UGAAGGACACAUAACACAGAGGCAUGUGCAGGUUUGUGAAAUUCAAACAGUUUUAAUUAUAAAUACAGAUUUUAAAAAACAAAGCUCCAAUUCUAAAAGUUCAAUAAAUAACAGUGUUAAAAAGGCUCGUGGUUACAUGUUUACAAUGGGGAUUCUCAAUUAAAACACAUCUCAAAAGCUCUCAAACAUUCCAACACAAAGGUCCACUGACCAUACGGAGCUAAGAGGGAGCCAGCACUCGGGUCCCUCGUCUGUUUUAAAAGCCUACAAGUACUCUUGCUUUCACCUAUUAAAACGUCUGGACUAAAACCCUUAAAACAGUAAUGGAGCCAACAGUGAGACAUGGCAGGGAUCCGGCCUCCUCUGUUGUGUUCUACUUGAACUAGAAGACACGGGACAACUGUGUGCCGUGAACUGAAGCUAAACCUUGUAUUCACACUCCCCUCUCCCACACACUAACACACCCCACAGUCCUGACGUGUCCACUGGCAGCAACCAAACAACAUCAGCUGAGGCAAGAUAACUCAGGUAAGGGCAAAGGAAUCAAAUGCAAACGAGUCCCUGUGGCAAGUCCACCCUAAAAGACCUGAGUGAGUAAUGUUUUUGGUUCAGAAUACCUGGUGUCUUCACAUCUGUCACGCACACCCGAUCAUCACGCAACACUUCACUUAGCAGCUUUGCCCGAUGGCGUCUGUUGUAGUUCUGUGCAUUGUACGUCCUCUUGUCCUCCUCUCUUUGCACAAGCAUUGGCUGGUCAGGCAGCGCAGGAUCCAACAGUGAAGAAACACUACUUGGUAUGUAUACUGUAUGUUGUGUGUGUGUCUGCUCUGUCUUCUCCAGGAUCCUCUGGAGGUUUCUUCCUGUUAAAAGGGAGUUUUCCUCUCCACUGUCGCUACAUGCUUGCUUAGUAUGAGGAUGAUGCAACCUGCUGGAGACAUCUCAAGACUGGACGGGUCGUAUCGGAGUUAAUCUAUGAAAUCCCGGUGCCGUGAGGUCCACCCGACUUCAUUCCAUCACCUCACAUGGGGUAGCGGUAGUGCACCUUUACGCUGGUCAUUGACCACCAGAAGAAGCAGAAACCGGAAGCUGCUAGCAAAGCUAGCUUGUUGUUCUGGUGUGUGAGGAGAAUAUUUGAGGUUCUGCAGUAAAAAUGUCUUCACUUCAGUCUCUGGGAGAGUUGAUCAGCUAAAGCGACUAACUGCUGCUGCUGCAGAAAUCUUCUCACCAGGCUGUGGAAACUUUCUUCUCCUCAACAACUUGGUGGAGUUCUUUCCAGAACCAGAGAAGAUAUUCUGCGGUCUUCGUGACGAUCGGAGCUCCAGAAUCAGGUUGUGGCUGUUAGCUAAACACGGCUAAAGAAAACCUGCUACCACUUCAGGAUCAUCCAUCAGCUGGGACUGAUUCAUCGUGUGUUCUUCACCACCUGGACCUGGACAGCAUGGACACAGAUGUUCCACAGCUGGCGCUGGUUAAAGAAGAAGCUCCUGAAGAACAGAGUGCUGGUGUGGACCUGCAGGACCCAGAACACCUCCACAUAAAGGAGGAACAGGAGGAGCUCUGGACCAGUCUGGAGGGAGAGCAUCUCUGUUUGAAGGAGGAGACUGAAGCUGUCGGGUUUCCUGUUACUGCUGUUUCUAUAAAGUGUGAGGAUGAUGAAGAGAAACCUCUGGUCUCACAGCUUCAUCAGCAGCAAAUAGAAGACAGAGAUGUUCCAACCAGCAGCUCAGCUGACCAGAUGGCAGCAGAAACUGGUGGAGGAGCAGGAACUAGCAGGAACCCAGAUCUGAACCCUCAUGAACAAACAUCUGAUUCUUCAGAGACUGAAGUUAGUGGAGAUGAUGAAGAUGAUGAUGAUGUGAAUCUGGACUCUGAGCUGUCAGACUCUGGGUCUGAAACUGGAGAUGAAGAUGAUGACUGGAAUGAGAGCAGGUCUUCUGAGUCAGAUGUUUCAAGGAAGAGAGAAGAGACAGAUGAGAAACCUCUGCUCUUACAUUUCCACAACCAUCAAAUGAAAGACGGAGGUGUCCCAACCAGCAGCUUGGCUGGGCAGAUGACAGCAAAAGUUGGUGGAGGAGCAGAAACUAUCAAGAACCUAUAUCUGGACCCUAAUGAAAAGACAUCCGGUUCUUCAGAGAUUGAAGUUAGUGGAGAAGAUGAAGAUGAUGUGAAUCUAGACUCUGAGCCUUCAAACUCUGGGCCUGAAACUGGAAACGGAGACCAUGGCUGUAAUGAGAACAAGUCUUCGGAGUCAGAUAUUAAGACCAUCAACAAAUCAUUUAGCUGCCCUGUUUGUGGUAUACGGUUCCUCCACCAGUGGUCUCUUCAGGAACAUGUGAGAGUGACAAGUCAUUCAGCAGUAAAGUCUUCAGAGUGUUCGGUUAAUACAAAAUGUGUGAAAGAUAAGCAACAUGGAGGCUCAUGUAGAAAAGUCCAGAAAGAACCAAAAUCAUUUAGUUGUGAUGACUGUGGAAAAAGAUUUAGCCAAAAGUCCAGUUUAUCCCGUCACAUGAAAGUCCACACAGGAGAGAAGCCUUUUGCCUGUGAGCUCUGUGGGAAAAGAUUUAGCCAUAUACAUCAUUUAAACAAACACAUGAGAGUUCACACAGGAGAGAAGCCUUUUGCCUGUGAGCUCUGUGGAUACAGAUGUACCCAUAAGUCACAGUUAAAUGAUCACAUGAGAGUCCACACAAGAGAGAAGCCUUUUGCCUGUGAGUUCUGCGAAUACAGCUGUACCCAUAAGGCAAGUUUAAACAAACACAUGAGAGUCCACACAGGAGAGAAGCCUUUUGCCUGUGAGCUCUGUGGAUACAGAUGUACCCAUAAGUCACAUUUAAAUGAUCACAUGAGAGUCCACACAGGAGAGAAGCCUUUUGCUUGUGAGGUCUGUGGACAAAGAUUUGGUCAUAAAUAUAGUUUAAACUAUCACAUGAAAGUCCACACAGGAGCGAAGCCUUUUGCCUGUGAGCUCUGUGGAUACAGAUGUACCAAAAAGUCACAUUUAAAUGAUCACAUGAGAGUCCACACAGGAGAGAAGCCUUUUGCCUGUGAGCUCUGUGGAUACAGAUGUACCCAAAAGGCAAAUUUAAACACACACAUGAAAGUCCACACAGGAGAGAAGCCUUUUGCCUGUGAGCUCUGUGGGAAAAGAUUUAGCCAUAAACAUUAUUUAAACAAACACAUGAGAGUCCACACAGGAGAAAAGCCUUUUGCCUGUGAGCUCUGUGGAUACAGAUGUACCCAUAAGUCACAUUUCAAUGAUCACAUGAGAGUCCACAGAGGAGAGAAGCCUUUUGCCUGUGAGCUCUGUGAAUACAGAUGUACCCAUAAGUCAAAUUUAAACGCACACAUGAGAGUCCAUACAGGAGAGAAGCCGUUUGCCUGUGAGCUGUGUGGAUACAGAUGUACCCAAAAGGCAAGUUUAAACACACACAUGAGAGUCCACACCGGGCAGAAGCCUUUUGCCUGUGAGCUCUGUAGACAAAGAUUUCGCCAAAAAAAUAAUUUAAACACGCACAUGAGAGUCCACACAGGAGAGAAGCCUUUUGCUUGUGAGGUCUGUGGAGAAAGAUUUAGUCAUAAAUAUAGUUUAAACUAUCACAUGAAAGUCCACACAAGAGAGAAGCCUUUUGCCUGUGAGCUCUGUGGAUACAGAUGUACCCAAAAGUCACGUUUAAAUGGUCACAUGAGAGUCCACACAGGAGAGAAGCCUUUUGCCUGUGAGCUCUGUGGAUACAGAUGUACCCAAAAGGCAUAUUUAAACACACACAUGAAAGUCCACACAGGAGAGAAGCCUUUUGCCUGUGAGCUCUGUGGAUACAGAUGUACCCAAAAGUCACGUUUAAAUGGUCACAUGAGAGUCCACACAGGAGAGAAGCCUUUUGCCUGUGAGCUCUGCGAAUACAGAUGUACCCAUAAGGCAAGUUUAAACACACACAUGAGAGUCCACACCGGGCAGAAGCCUUCUGUGAGCUCUGUGGAUACAGAUGUACCCAUAAGGUUGCUGUUUUUAAAUCCAGCUUUCCUUGUAAACAGCUUACAACCACCAUGUCAUUUUCUUCCUUUGAACUGUGCUUAUUUGAACUGUGCAUUCCCCCCGCCUGCUCGUUGUGCUGAUUUAUUGCCCUCCAAAGACUGACUCUAACUUCCUUAAUGAUUUCUGUGAUCUUGUGGCAGACUGCAUCCUAAAAUAUGACUAUGUCCUAUUUUUUGGUGAUUUUAACAUCCAUGUCUGCUGUCCUGACAAUGUGCUUGCUAAAGGUUUUUUGAAUUUGCUAGAUUCAUUCAAUUUGACUCAAUGGGUAUCGUCCCCAACUCAUGCCAAGGGUCACACCCUGGACCUGGUUCUCUCUUUUGGUCUCCCUGUCAUGAACCUUGUGACUUUGCCUCCUGUGUUCUCUGACCACUCUCCUAUACUCAGUGAUGUUACGUUGCCAUGUCCUGUCCCUGUGUGUGAAACUCCAGCUACUAGGUUCAGAGCCCUGGAUGCAGAAACUAUUUCAAAGUUUGUGGACUGUAUGUCCGUAAGGUUAGAGACCUUUAACCCAGAUCCGUCUAACAUUGAUCACUAUUCACAACACUUUGAUGUACUUUGUAAUCAGGUCCUGUACGUGGUUGCCUCUCUCAAGCUUUGCAAGUCUAGGCCUAGGAGGGAGCCUUGGCUCUCUGAUGUCACACAGGCUUGUAGGCGGGCAUGUAGAGCCUCUGAGAGAAAGUGGAAAAAGGAUGGCCUACAGGUCUCGCGUGAGUUGUUCAAAACAUCACUGGUUGCUUUUCAGGAUGCUGUGAGGGCUGCCAGAACGGCCUAUUUUGCAGACAUCAUCGAAACUAACUCCAAGAAUCCCAGGAUUCUCUACAAAACACUUAAUUCUGUUCUGGUGUAUCAAGAGCCUAGCUCCAUGUCUCCUACAGCUGCUGGAAACUAAAGAUUUUCACAGAUACUUUGUUCAUAAAGUAUCAGGCAUUAGAGCAGCAAUUUCUGGUAACUCUAUUGACCCUGUUCCAGUUCCUCCAUCACCGCCCACCCUGAGCUCCCUCAAUACUGUUUCAUACUCUGAGCUGAGUAUGCUUUUUGCGAGGCAGAAGCCAUCUGGCUCUCCCCUUGACGUUCUGCCGCCUCGUCUCUGGACGGCUGCCUUUCCGUGUCUUGGCCCAUCACUUGGUCAGAUUAUCAAUCGGAGCCUCAGCACAGGUGUUGUCCCCCGGUGCUGAUGUCUCUGUGAUCGCAAAUUACAGGCCUAUCUCUACCCUGCCUUUUACAUCAAAACUGCUUGAGAAAGUCGUUUAUCAGCAGCUGGUCUCACAUUUAGCUGACUCUGAUCUGUUCGAGAUUUUUCAAUCAGGGUUCAGGUCUGGCCAUAGCACAGAGUCAGCUCUACUGAGGGUCCUAAAUGACAUCUAUCUGUCACUUGAUCGGGGUACAUCUGUGGUGCUUCUGUUGUUAGACCUGACAGCAGCCUUCGACACAGUUGACCACGCGAUUCUACUCGAUCGCUUGGAACGAUGGGUUGGGAUCAAAGGGUCUGCUCUGGACUGGUUUAGAUCGUAUCUCCAUAACAGGACAUUCUGCGUUAAAGUGGGUGAUGUUUUUAUCUUGGGAGGGGCUCCGCUGGGGGUCCCGCAGGGUUCGAUCCUUGGUCCUCUUUUGUUUGCCAUUUAUCUGCUACCUCUGGGGUCAGUCUUUCGUAAACAUGGCCUAUCAUUCCAUCUCUAUGCUGACGAUUGCCAGAUUUACUCUCCAUUGUGUCAGGAGAAAGGUCACUCUAUCCAGUCCUUUGUGUCCUGUCUUAACGAGGUGAAGUCUUGGCUAAUGGCCAACGUUCUACAUCUGAAUGAGGGAAAGACAGAGCUCAUUGUUUUUCACCCCAACAGCAGGAAUGUGGAUCGUUAUGUUGAUCUUGGCCCUCUUUCUCCCUACUCAAAACCAGUUGUUACCAGUUUGGGGGUGAAACUUGAUGCUGGACUUAAAUUUGAUGCUCACAUCAAUUCUGUGAUCCGGUCCAGUUUCUUUGACCUGAGACGCCUUGCAAAAAUCAAGCAUAUGCUGUCGAGAGCCCACCUGGAGCGGGUACUGCAUGCCUUUGUAAUUUCUAGGCUUGACUACUGCAACUCUCUCUAUGCAGGGUUGUGUCAGUCAUCACUGCGUCGCCUACAGGUUGUGCAGAACAGCGCAGCCAGGUUCCUGACUGGGACCAGGAAUUGGGACCACAUCAGUCUGGUUCUGGCCUCCCUGCACUGGCUUCCGGUUUGCUAUCGCUCACAAUUCAAAAUCCUCGUCUUUGUUUAUCAUUUCUUCCAGGGUGGUGGUCCCCCCUAUCUAGCCACACUCCUGAACAGACACUGCCCAUCACACGCUCUGCGCUCCUCUGACCAAGGCCUGCUCGCUGUCCCUCGUUCUAGGUGUCGUACUCGCGGGGACCGGGCUUUCUCAGUCCUAGCACCGUCACUCUGGAACCAGUUGCCACCCUCAGUUAGGCUGUCCCCAUCUCUGCCAGCCUUUAAGAGUCUCCUAAAAACACACCUCCUCUGCUUGGCGUUUCCAGAACAUGUUUGAUUUUGGCCCUCUUUUAUGUUGAAUUUAUUUCACAGUUUUCAUUGGUUCACUCAAUCCAUUGUUUUACACAUUUGUCCUGUACCAGAAUGUUUCACCUAUUUUGUAGUUUGUAUUUUGUAAUUUGAAUUGCUUUUAUUUUUGAUUUAUUCAAUAUAUUUACCUUCAACUGAACCAUGUUCAGCGCUUUGGGCUUCCUGACAGGGUUGCAGAAGGCGCUUUAUAAAUAAAGCUUUGAUUGAUUGAUUGAAA